CCACGUCAGUACGACCCGCAACUGAUACUCAUUCGAUCCUUCUGCGCUCCGCGUGUGCAGUCGGUGUAUCCUGACUUUAAACCCAUCUCGAAAUGGCGCGACAGCAGAUUAAAGUCCUCUUUCGACGUCCCAACAAUACCCUCUACCGCCACUUCUUCCAAGCCUCCUUUGUUCCCUCGAUUCAACAUGCGUCCUCUGCGUCAACGAAUAUCUCUCCUUCGCCGAAUGAGACCUCCAAAUUCGGUACCGUAGCCGACUUCUCCCGUGCGAACAAUUCCAAUUCGACAAAUGUCUCGACCGACUGA